AUUAUCAUUAAUGGAGAUAGCACCUUAAUCAUCACCAACAUCAAGAAAUUUGAAAUGUAUAGAAAUGAAAUAUUACUUUGAAACUUCUGAUAAGCAAUGUAAAAUAGUCAACCUUCCCAGAUCACCAAACACUAACCAAAUCCUAAUUAAUUCUUCAAGCAAUCAAGAAUUUUAACUUGGUUGGCCCAACUCCCACACCAUACUUCACAUAAUCUCAAUAAAAUUCCCACUUAAAAGGCUCUCCACUUGCAUUUGCAUUUGCAUAUGCUUCCAUAUCCACUAAAUGGAGCUAACAAAAGUGCCUUCUUGUUUCAAUCAACCAACAAUAGAAGAUGACUCUGUUAUUCUCUUUUCAACUUCUGAGGAAUCCACCAGCCGCUCCUCCUCUUCCCGCCACUCACCACCGCCACCUCAACACCAUUCACAAGUGCCUUACAAACUUACUGUAACAAAUCUUUCCUAUACCAUUUCUUCUUGUGAGUCAACGUUUGCUUCAUUCUUUCACGUAGGCCAAAAGCCUAAGCCUAUUAACAUACUUCAAUCAGUUUCUUUUCAAGCAAGAAGCUCUGAACUUCUUGCCAUUGUUGGUCCAAGUGGGACUGGAAAAUCUACUCUUCUUCGGAUAAUAUCUGGAAGAGUUAAAGACAAAGAUUUUAAUCCAAAGAGUGUAUCCAUAAACGAUCGGUUUAUAUAUAAGCCAGCUCAGUUAAGGAAGAUAUGUGGAUUUGUAGCACAGGAAGAUAAUUUGCUUCCUUUACUGACAGUGAAAGAAACUCUAAUGUAUGGUGCAAAAUUUAGACUCAAAGAAAUGAGUACAAAAGAUAAAGAGAAGAGGGUAGAGAGUUUAAUGUUAGAGCUUGGCCUAUCGCAUGUUGCCAAUAGCUUUGUUGGUGAUGAAGAGAAUAGAGGCAUAUCAGGUGGAGAAAGAAAAAGGGUAUCCAUAGGCGUUGAUGUAAUUAAUGACCCGCCAAUUUUGCUUCUUGAUGAGCCUACUUCAGGCCUAGACAGUACCUCAGCUCUUCAAGUUAUUGAGUUACUUUCAAAUAUGGCAAAAGAAAAACACAGAACAAUUUUAUUUUCUAUACACCAACCAAGUUAUAGAAUACUUGGAUUUAUUAAUAACUUCUUAAUCCUUUCUAAUGGUUGUGUGGUUUAUAAUGGUAGCUUAGAAUCACUGGAGGAGACAAUAUAUAAUUUGGGAUUUCAAGUUCCUAUGCAACUCAAUGCUCUCGAGUUUUCUAUGGAAAUUAUACAAACACUUGGUGAGCAUUCAAAAUCCAUAACUUAUAUAUCUCCUUUGCAAUACUCAAUUUGGCAAGAGGAAUCAGCUUUUCAAAUAGAACAAGGUAUUCAAAAAAAGGGUAUUUCUUCUCUUUUACAUUUGCAUGAGAUUAUUUAUCUUUGCUCGAGAUUUUCGAAAGUCAUUUACAGAACAAAGCAACUACUAUUGGCAAGAACACUGCAAGCAUUAGUUGGUGGGUUUGGUUUAGCUAGUGUAUAUAUCAAAGUUAAAAAAGAUGAAGAAGGAAUAGCAGAAAGAUUAGGGCUUUUUGCCUUCAGCCUUAGCUUUCUUCUUUCUUCUACAGUUGAAGCUCUUCCAAUAUUUCUUCAAGAAAGAAGAGUUCUAAUGAAAGAAGCUUCUAGAGCAGCUUAUAGCAUUUCCUCUUACAUAAUCGCCAAUACAAUUAUUUUCUUGCCUUUCUUGCUUGCUGUUGCUGUUAUUUUCUCUAUUCCAAUUUAUUGGCUUGUAGGGCUUAACCCUUCCAUUUCGGCUUUCACAUUCUUUACUUUUAUUGUUUGGUUAAUAGUCUUGAUGGCUUCUUCUUUAGUUCUUUUUCUAAGUGCUAUUUCUCCUGAUUUUAUUUCAGGGAAUUCUUUAAUAUGCACAGUUCUUGGUGCUUUUUUCCUUUUCUCUGGGUAUUUUAUACCCAAAGAAAAUAUUCCUAAGUAUUGGAUUUUUAUGUAUUACAUUUCUCUAUACAGAUACCCAUUAGAUAGUCUUCUGGUAAAUGAGUAUUGGAGUUUGAGAAAUGAGUGUUUUUCUUGGCAUUAUCAAGAAAAUCAUUCUCAGUGUUUGGUUACUGGGAAUGAUGUGUUGAAGAGUAGAGGACUUGAAAAAGACAAUAGAUGGAUUAAUGUGGGGGUUAUGUUGGGCUUCUUUGUUUUCUAUCGUGUUCUUUGUUGGGUCAUUCUUGCAAGAAGGGCUUCAAAAACAACCAUAUGAGAAUGUAGAAUUCCAAUUUGUAACCCUUCAUAAACAUUUAUUGAUUUUCGGCUUUGCCCUUUUCUGUUA